AUGGCUGGCAAACCUCCUUACGGGGGUCCCUCAAAGCACGACAAUCUGCUGCUCGACCUUGAUGACCAGCCCGUCUACAGCCAGGGCCAGCGCUCUGCCCUGAACGACGACGAUCUCCUCGCCUCAGACGCAUACGACCACGAUGGCGCACAAGGACGCCCUUCCGUCUCCUACGACGACUUCGUUGGCGCCGGCCAACCAUCACAUCAACCCCUAGCAUCACCAACACAAUUAUCAACACCACCCAGCUCUGCAAGGCCCGCUGGCCCAUAUACCGACGGCGGGAACAGGCAGUACAGCCAGACCUCCGAGCUGGGCAACUACCAGCGCUACGCCGACGACGACAUCGACGAGUACGCCGAGGACGGCGCCCACUACUACCAACAUGGCAGCGGGUCAAGCGCACCGGGCGGCUAUCAAUCGCAGGGCAGGAGCACUGCAAGGAAUAGGAAUAGCGUGCUGGGCCUCGGCGGUGGCAUCGUGGGCCGGGCCAAGAAUAUGUUGGGCAUGGGGCAGGGCUACUCCGAGAUGGACCUCCCGCUGACCGAGCCGGGCGCGCAACGAAACUCAUCCGCGAUGGGGGCCGACGCGCAGAACAAGUCGGGCAAGAAAUUCGACAUGGGAAACUUCAAGUUCGGGUUUGGGCGCGGCAAGCCCGACCCUUCGACCCUGGGCCCGCGCAUCAUCCACCUCAACAACCCUCCCGCGAACCAGGCGAACAAAUACGUCGACAACCAUGUGUCCACCGCAAAGUACAAUGUCGCGACAUUUCUGCCCAAGUUCCUCUUUGAGCAGUUUUCAAAAUACGCAAACAUCUUUUUCCUUUUCACUUCCGCGCUGCAACAGAUACCCAACCUCUCUCCCACAAACCAGUAUACCACCAUUGGACCCUUGAUUGUCGUGCUCUUGAUCUCGGCCGGCAAGGAAUUAGUCGAAGACUAUCGGAGGAAACAGGCCGACAGGUCCCUGAAUAUGUCAAAAGCUCGGGUGUUGCGCGGAUCCGAGUUCACCGACACGAAAUGGAUCAACGUGGCGGUCGGUGAUGUUGUCCGGGUCGAAUCUGAGGAGCCAUUCCCCGCCGAUCUGGUCCUGCUUGCUAGCUCCGAACCGGAGGGUCUUUGCUACAUCGAGACCGCAAACCUAGACGGAGAGACGAACCUGAAGAUCAAGCAGGGUCUGCCCGAGACCGCCGCCCUGGUCAGCUCGAGUGACCUGGGCCGGCUGGGGGGCAAGAUCAAGUCCGAACAGCCAAACAGUAGUCUGUACACAUACGAAGCGACAAUGACGAUGCAGGCGGGAGCUGGAGAGAAGGAGCUGGCCUUGAAUCCGGAGCAGCUUCUCUUGCGUGGCGCAACGCUUCGUAACACGCCAUGGAUCCACGGCGUUGUUGUUUUCACUGGCCACGAAACGAAGCUCAUGCGCAAUGCGAACGCCGCUCCCAUCAAGAGGACCAAGGUGGAGAAACAGAUGAAUCUCUUGGUACUGAUGCUCGUCGGCACUCUGCUCAUCCUCAGCAUCGUUUGUACGGUCGGUGACCUCAUCAUGAGGAGUGUCGAGGGCAGCGCUUUGGGAUAUUUGGAGUUGACCGCCCUCAGUAACGCUGGCCUGGUCGCUAAGCAGUUCGCCCAAGACAUGGUCACGUACUGGGUCCUCUUCUCUGCGCUUGUGCCCAUUUCCCUGUUCGUCACCGUCGAAAUGGUGAAGUACUGGCACGGAAUCCUCAUCAACGACGAUCUUGAUAUGUAUUACGACAAGAACGACACCCCUGCCAAUUGUCGAACCUCUAGCUUGGUGGAGGAGUUGGGAAUGGUCGAGUACGUCUUCUCGGACAAGACAGGCACAUUGACCUGCAAUAUGAUGGAGUUCAAGCAGUGCUCGAUUGCUGGGAUUAUGUACUCGGAUGAUGUACCAGAGGACAGGCGAGCUACUGUUCAGGAUGGUGUCGAGGUUGGUAUUCACGACUUCAAGACGCUCCGUGAAAACACGACAUCACACGAGACAGCACCCGUUAUCGAACACUUCCUGGCCCUGCUUUCGACCUGUCACACAGUUAUUCCUGAGAAUGACGGCGCGGGAAACAUCAAAUAUCAGGCUGCCUCGCCUGACGAGGGCGCCCUGGUCGAAGGUGCAGCCAUCCUCGGCUACAAGUUCUUUGCGCGCAAGCCUCGAUCAGUCAUCAUAGAGGCCGGUGGGCAAACUUACGAGUACGAGCUUCUCGCCGUUCUUGAGUUCAACUCGACGAGGAAGAGGAUGUCGACGAUUUUCCGAUGCCCAGAUGGGAAAAUCCGAUGCUAUUGCAAGGGUGCCGAUACUGUCAUUUUGGAACGACUAAACGAUAACAACCCGCAUGUCGAGGCGACGUUGCAGCACCUCGAGGAAUACGCUUCCGAGGGUCUGCGAACUCUGUGUCUCUCCAUGCGCGAAGUCCCCGAAUCGGAGUUUCAAGAGUGGUACGGCAUCUUUGACAAGGCGUCCACGACCGUUGGUGGAAACCGUGCCGAGGAGUUGGACAAGGCCGCCGAGCUCAUCGAGAAGGACUUCUUCCUGCUGGGAGCGACCGCUAUUGAGGAUCGGCUUCAAGACGGGGUUCCCGAAACCAUUCACACCCUGCAACAAGCAGGCAUCAAAGUUUGGGUUCUCACUGGUGACAGGCAGGAGACUGCCAUCAACAUUGGUAUGAGUUGUAAACUCCUAAGCGAAGAUAUGAUGCUUCUUAUCGUCAAUGAGGAGACGGCUGCUGCUACUAGGGACAAUCUCCAGAAAAAGAUCGAGGCCAUCAGGACCCAAGGCGACGGGACGAUCGAGACGGAGACACUGGCCCUCAUUAUCGACGGAAAGUCACUCACCUAUGCCCUCGAGAAAGACAUGGAAAAGCUAUUCCUUGAUCUGGCUGUUAUGUGCAAGGCCGUCAUCUGCUGUCGUGUCUCCCCGUUGCAAAAGGCGCUCGUCGUGAAAGUGGUCAAAAAAUAUCAGAAAGGGGCCAUCACCCUUGCUAUUGGCGACGGUGCCAAUGACGUCUCGAUGAUUCAAGCCGCGCACAUUGGCGUGGGUAUCAGUGGUCUGGAAGGUCUCCAGGCGGCCCGGAGCGCAGACGUGUCGAUAGCACAGUUCCGUUUCCUCCGCAAGCUGCUACUGGUACACGGCGCCUGGAGUUACCACCGUGUGAGCAAGACAAUAUUGUUCUCGUUCUACAAGAACAUCACGCUGUACCUGACACAGUUCUGGUAUACAUUCCAGAACGUGUUCUCUGGGGCUAUUAUUUACGAAUCCUGGACGCUCUCCCUUUACAACGUCUUCUUCACCGUCUUGCCUCCAUUGGCCAUGGGUAUCCUGGACCAGUUUGUCUCCGCCCGUCUUCUAGACCGCUAUCCUCAGCUAUACAACUUGGGCCAGAGCAACCAAUUCUUCCGUCUGCGAGUAUUCGUCGCGUGGAUCGCUAAUGCCGUAUACCACUCACUCAUUCUCUACAUCUUUGGCGUACUUCUCUGGCCAUGGGACCUUAUCCAGGGUGACGGAAAGACGGCUGGCCACUGGGUGUGGGGCACUGGCAUGUAUGGUGCGGUCCUGCUCACUGUGCUGGGCAAGGCUGGCCUUGUGACGAACAACUGGACAAAGUACCACGUGAUAGCGAUACCUGGUUCGAUGGCCUUUUGGAUCGCCUUCAUCGCGGCCUACGCUACUGUCGCUCCUAUGGUGAAGGUGUCCGAGGAGUACUACGGCACUGUCCCGCGUAUCUUCUCCAGCCCAAUCUUUUGGCUACAGAUAUUGGUGCUGCCGGUGUUGUGCCUGCUCAGGGACGUCGGAUACAAGUAUGCCAAGAGGAUGUACAGACCCCAGAAUUAUCACCACAUCCAGGAGAUCCAGAAGUACAAUAUUCAAGAUUACAGGCCCAGAAUGGAGCAAUUCCAAAAGGCAAUCCGCAAGGUACGACAAGUACAGCGCAUGCGCAAGCAGAGGGGGUACGCCUUCUCGCAGGCAGACGAGUCGCAGACUCGCGUGCUUCAGGCGUACGACACGACGCAGAACAGAGGCAGAGAAGACCGGCCCGACCUCAUGGUCCUCAGCGAUCAAGUUGUCUUGCAACAGACAAGCAAAGCCACUGGGGAUAUCGGCCAAACCGCCAGCCGCGUCGCCUCCGAAGACAUUGGCAAGGUCGGCCAUCAGCCUCUUCAGGUCCCCAUGACGAGCCAUUGCCACCAAAACUAUCUCUGA